AUGGUUGCGUUGUAUGACAAAGGAACCCUUUGUUGGUUACCAGAUGAAACUUUGGGGUGGAUCGGAGCAGUGGUGACCUCAAACAAAUUGGAAGGCAGUAAACACAUUAUAGAAUUACAACCUGAAGUAGGGUCACUGCAGGAUAAAAACAAUGACGAUGGCAAGAGUAACGUCAUCACAAUAGAAACAGACAAUCUCUCUGAAGAUAAUGAGAAGUUGCCACCAUUGAGAAACCCGCCCAUUUUGGAGGCAGCAGAGGACUUGACAAGUUUAUCAUACUUGAACGAACCAGCAGUGUUGCAAGCCAUCAAGUUGAGGUACUCACAACUACAAAUUUAUACAUACUCUGGUAUUGUUUUGAUUGCAACAAACCCAUUCCAAAGAGUAGAACAAUUGUACUCACAAGAUAUCGUACAAUUAUACGCUGGAAAGAGAAGAGGCGAACUAGACCCACACCUUUUUGCCAUUGCCGAAGACGCUUACAGAUGUAUGAAGGAGGAUAACCGAAAUCAGACUAUUGUUGUGAGUGGUGAAUCUGGUGCAGGAAAAACAGUCUCCGCCAAGUAUAUAAUGAGAUACUUUGCCACAGUCGAAGAAGACGUAAAGCAAGCCGUGGGCAGUGAACACAAGGCACACAUGUCACAAGUUGAAGAGCAAAUCUUGGCGACAAAUCCAAUCAUGGAGGCGUUUGGUAAUGCCAAAACCACAAGAAAUGACAAUUCGUCACGUUUCGGUAAAUACUUGGAGAUCUUAUUUGAUGAAAAGACAUCGAUUAUUGGUGCUCGUAUUAGAACAUACUUGUUGGAGCGUUCAAGAUUGGUUUUCCAACCUGCAACUGAAAGAAACUACCACAUUUUUUACCAGAUGUUGGCAGGUAUGGAUGAAGAACAAAAACUUGAAUUGGGGUUAAAGUCCGCAGAAGAUUACAACUACACUAAUCAAGGUGGUCUCGCCAAGAUUGAAGGAGUUGAUGAUGCAGAAGAAUUUCAAACUACAAAGGAUGCAUUGUCCUUGAUUGGUGUUGAUGACACUCAACAGCGCCAGAUUUACAAGAUUUUAGCUGCUCUUUUACAUAUUGGUAAUAUUAACAUUGCAGCCACCAAAAACGACGCCAUCCUCUCCAGCGACGAACCUAGUUUAGUCAAGGCGUGCGAGUUAUUGGAAAUUGAUCCCGUCAAUUUUGCCAAAUGGUGUGUAAAGAAACAAAUCACAACGAGAUCAGAAAAGAUUAUUAGUAAUCUCAAUCACAGUCAGGCUCUUGUGGCGAGAGAUUCGUUUGCCAAAUACAUCUAUGCCGCGCUAUUUGACUGGUUGGUGGACUACGUUAACUCUGACUUGUGCCCACCAGAAGUUGCUUCCAAAGUAAAGCUGUUUAUUGGUGUGUUGGAUAUCUAUGGUUUUGAGCAUUUCGAAAAGAACUCUUUUGAACAGUUUUGUAUUAAUUAUGCCAAUGAAAAAUUGCAACAAGAGUUUAAUCAACACGUGUUUAAAUUGGAACAAGAUGAGUAUAUCAAGGAAGAAAUUGAAUGGUCGUUUAUUGAGUUCGCCGAUAACCAACCAUGUAUUGAUCUUAUUGAGAACAAGAUGGGUAUCUUGGCUUUAUUAGACGAAGAAUCAAGGUUGCCAGCAGGAAAGGACGAAUCAUUUGUUGAAAAAAUGUAUCAACAUUUGGACAAACCUCCUAGCAACAAGGUGUUUAAGAAGCCGAGAUUUGGCAACACUAAAUUCAUUGUUAGCCAUUAUGCUUUGGAUGUUACUUAUGAUAUGGACGGUUUCAUCGAUAAGAAUAGAGACACGGUUGGAGAGGGUCAUUUGGAAGUCAUGAAGAACUCCAAGAAUGAAUUACUUCAAGAUAUCCUUUCCAUCAUUGAUAAAAAUGCUGCAGCAUUAGAGGCCAACAAGGCAGCAACGUCGUCAGGCCCUCCAAGGGGUAAAAUUGCCAACAAGAAGCCCACCUUGGGUUCAAUGUUUAAAAACUCCUUGAUUGAGUUGAUGAAAACAAUUGACUCUACAAAUGCGCAUUAUAUUAGAUGUAUUAAACCCAAUGAAGCUAAAAAGGCCUGGGAAUUUGACGCAUUAAUGGUGUUGUCGCAAUUGAGGGCAUGUGGUGUUUUGGAGACGAUUCGAAUCUCAUGUGCAGGUUUUCCUUCUAGAUGGACAUACGCCGAGUUUGCUGACCGUUACCAUUCUUUGGUUCCAUGGGAGUACUGGAAGGAUGUUUUAAGUGGCAAAGACGUAUCACCCGAAGCAGUUAACAAGCUAUGCAAUCAAAUUUUAGCGUCAAACUUGGAAGAUAAGGAGAAAUACCAAUUGGGUAACACCAAGAUCUUUUUCAAAGCAGGUAUGUUGGCUCAAUUUGAAAAGUUGAGGGCUGACAAGUUGCACAGAUCUGCCGUCAUGAUCCAAAAGAAUAUGAGAAGACGUUUCUUUAGACAAAAAUACCUUGAUAUUCGCAAGUCUCAUAUUGCAGCUCAAAGUUUAAUUCGUGGUUACGUAAAGCGAAGACAAAUGCAAGAAGAAAAAGAGACACGUGCUGCGACAUUAUUGCAAACUUCCAUUAGAGGGCAUUUGGCUAGACAGCAGUAUAAACGCACUCUUUCUGCGGUUGUUGCUUUGCAAAAGGCUAUAAGAGGUUUGGAAGCAAGAAAAUCAUACAAACAAUUGCGUUUGGAGAAAUCGGCAAUAACUAUUCAGAAAUCAUGGAAAGGUUUCCAAGAAAGACAAAACUACAACAAGACUUUGAAAUCCGUUGUUAUUAUGCAAUCGGCAUUCAGGAGGCAAUUUGCAUAUCGUGAAUUAAAACAAUUGAAAGUUGAGGCCAAGUCUGUUAAUAAGUUGAAAGAGGUGUCUUAUAAAUUGGAAAACAAGGUUAUUGAUCUUACACAGUCUUUAACUGCCAAGAUCCAGGACAACAAGAAAUUGAUGGAAGAGAUUCAAAACUUGAAAGAGUUGCUUUCGCAACAAGGUCAUGCUCAUGAGACAUUGAAAACCAAGGAAUUGGAGUAUAAUAAUAAAUUUGACGCUUCGCAGCUCGAGCAUAAAGAGGAGGUUGAGGCAUUAAACCGCGAACUCGAGUCUAUUAAGUCCGAUUAUGCAUCAGCGCAAGCAAAGAUUGAGCAAUUAUCCAAAGAACAGCAGGAAUUGAGACUGGAAGUGCAAAGAACAUUGGAAGAGUUGAACCAAGCUAAAGGAGAUCUUGUUAAGCGUGAUACUAUUGAAAUAGACUUGAAGACUCACAUUGAGCAAUUGAAAUCUGAAUUGGCUCAAUUGAAUAAUCCUAAGCUCCGAAACUCAAGUAAACGCCACAGCAGUCAAGGGAUUGCCAGAAGUGCUUCCAACUCCAUUGAUAAUCCGAGACCUGUUUCUGUCAUUGCUGUUUCUAACGAUGACAAUUCCAACAUUGAUGAUAUUAACGAUGAGCUUUUCAAAUUAUUAAGAGAUUCACGCCAGUUGCACCGUGAAAUUGUCGAAGGAUUGCUCAAAGGUCUCAAGAUACCUCAAGCUGGUGUUGCUGCAGACUUGACGAGAAAAGAAGUUUUAUUCCCUUCGAGAAUUAUAAUCAUUAUCUUAUCCGAUAUGUGGAGACUUGGUUUAACAAAAGAGAGCGAGGAUUUCCUUGGCGAAGUUUUGUCAACAAUCCAGGGUCUCGUUACCGUGUUGAAGGAUGAUGACGUUAUCCCACACGGUGCAUUUUGGUUGUCCAACACUCAUGAACUUUACUCCUUUGUUUCAUACGCUGAGCGAACAAUCAUUGCCAAUGAUACACUUUCCAAUGAAAUGAGUGAAGAUGAAUUCAAUGAGUAUUUGAAAUUGGUUGCCGUUGUUAAGGAAGACUUUGAAUCUCUUUCCUACAAUAUUUACAACAUGUGGAUGAAGAAGAUGGAAAAGGAUUUGGAGAAAAAAGCAGUGUCAGCAGUGGUGAUGUCGCAGUCCUUACCUGGCUUUAUGGCGCUGGAAAGUUCACCCUUUUUCAGUAAAGUUUUCUCGACUAAUGUCACAUAUAAGAUGGAUGAUAUCUUGUCUACAUUCAACUCGCUAUACUGGUCGAUGAAGAGUUACUACAUUGAGAAUGAGGUGAUUGUUAGUGUUAUUACUGAGUUAUUGAAAUUUAUUGAUGCAUUGUGUUUUAAUGACUUGAUAAUGAGGAGGAACUUUUUGUCAUGGAAGAGGGGUUUGCAAUUGAAUUACAAUGUGACUCGACUUGAAGAAUGGUGUAAAUCCCAUGACAUUGAAGAUGGGUCUGCAUGUUUGAUUCAUUUGCUACAAACAGCCAAGCUUUUGCAAUUGCGUAAAAACACUCAGGAGGAUAUUGACAUUAUUUACGAGAUUUGCUAUGCCUUGAAUCCCGCCCAGAUACACAAAACUAUUGGUGCUUAUAGCUCGGCGGAGUAUGAAACCCCAAUUGCGCCUUCAGUAAUGACAAUCGUUGCCGAAAAGACCAAAGAGAGCACAAACGAUGAUUUGUUCCUUCAAAUGUCUGCCGACGGACAUUUUGAGGAUCCAUUCAGAAGCAUAGAAUUAAGGCCGUUCUCCAGAGUUGAAGCCUACGUGCCAGCAUGGUUGAGUUUGCCUGUGAUUCGCAGAAUAGUUGAAUUGGUGGCAAAGAACGCCUCAGUACAGGAGACACAUCCUGAGUCUAAUGGUGUAUAA